GAGAGAGACUGCGAUCCCGUGAGAGUGUGUGUUUGGUUCGGAAGGGAAUGGAAUGCGCUCCGCGAGAGGGUGUCACUCACAUAAUGUGACAGGGAAGAGAGCGACGGUUCGUUUCGGUUGGGGGAUACAGAACACCGGAAAGCCAAUGCAAGCGCGCACUGUCGCCUAGGCUACCGUCCUUGCCGUUGUCUAGCCUACUGAAUGAAUGAUUGAAGCUGAAGAUUCCCAACGGUUUUCCCCCCGGAGAAAACACGUUCCUAUCGGAAAACUGACAGCAGCGUACGAGAAAAAUAAACAAUAUUAGUUUUUCUCUCUUCCAUCCUUCUUUCAGUCUCUGAGGCUGUGUCAGAACUGAGCUGUCUGUCAUUGAGAAGAAGCUGAUAUAUGAAAAUCAGCGCUGGUGAUUCUAACGUCUUGUCAGAAGUUGACAAGACAGAGGACAAGGACAUUGAAUGACACAAAGCUAAAACCAAUGUCUGUCUGCCUAAAGUAACGUUACACAACGAAGCAGCUCGUGAAGCCUGAGACCGGAAUCCUCAUCGCCACGAGACCUGCCGUGACCAGCGGAUCACAGGUGCAGCACUCGCACACCGUAGAGAAACGAGACGUCGCUGGAGGAAUACGGUUUCAAGUGUGUUCUAAAACACAGAAGGAGCUCUGCAUCCAUGUCACGCCUACAUCUCCACCUCUCCUCCCUCCGUUCCUCCUCUCUCUCCACUGUCCUUCUCCUCCUCUUCCUCUCCUCCAUGCUCCUCCUGUCCCUUCCCAGCCCGGCCCUGGCCGGUUCCACUCCUCCAUCAGAGGGGGGUAACGUAAAGGCUAACUGCACGGCUACAGGAGACCCCUGUCAGGAGGGAGUGGUGCUGCCCAUCUGGAAUCCACAGAGCCCCUCUGUAGGAGACAAGGUGGCGCGGGCCAUUGUCUACUUUGUAGCGAUGAUCUAUAUGUUCCUGGGGAUGUCCAUCAUAGCUGAUAGAUUCAUGUCUUCUAUAGAGGUGAUAACCUCUCAGGAGAAGGAGAUCACCAUAAAGAAGUCGAACGGGGAGACGACCACGGCUACAGUGAGGAUCUGGAACGAGACAGUCUCUAACCUCACUCUCAUGGCUCUGGGGUCAUCCGCCCCCGAGAUACUGCUCUCUGUUAUAGAGGUGUGUGGCCACGGCUUCGAGGCUGGUUCUCUGGGCCCCUCCACCAUCGUGGGCAGCGCUGCCUUCAACAUGUUCAUCAUCAUCGCCCUGUGUGUCUAUGUGGUUCCUGACGGAGAGACCAGGAAGAUUAAACAUCUCCGUGUUUUCUUCGUGACCGCGGCGUGGAGUGUGUUCGCUUACAUCUGGCUCUACCUCAUCCUGUGUGUGUUCUCUCCAGGAGAGGUGGAAGUCUGGGAGGCUGUGGUCACCUUUCUGUUCUUCCCCCUGUGUGUGGUCCAGGCGUGGGUAGCUGAUCGACGACUGCUCUUCUAUAAAUACGUCCGCAAGCGUUACCGUGCCGACAAGCACAGAGGCAUCAUCAUUGAGACGGAGGGAGGGAUGGAUGGAGGGAUGGGAGGAGGAGGAGGAGGGAUGUUGGGGCCGGGUGGGUUCACUAAGAUGGACAUGAUGGAGCUAGACGGACAGGUGGUGGAUGGAUGGAGGGAUGGAGGGAUGCUCGAGGAUGGAGGAGUGGAAGGAACGAGGGAUCUGGAGGACGUGGCCAGGAGAGAUAUGGCGAGGACGCUGAAGGAGCUGAAAGCCAGACAUCCUGAUAAAGACACAGAGCAGCUUAUAGAGAUGGCAAACUACCAGGUGUUGGUCCAGCAACAGAAGAGCCGAGCGUUUUACCGUAUCCAGGCAACCAGGAUGAUGAUCGGAGCAGGCAACAUUCUGAAGAAGCAUGCUGCCGACCAGGCUAGGAAGGUGGUGAGCAGCCAGGAGCCCCACCUGCAGGAAGAUGACCCCCACACGACCCGGAUGGAGUUUGAACCCUCCCACUACCAGUGCUUCGAGAACUGUGGAUCCCUCAAACUGACCGUGGCCCGACAUGGGGGAGACCAAGGAGCUUCUGUUAAGGUGGACUACCGAACAGAAGACGGUACGGCCAACGCUGGUUCAGACUAUGAAUUCGCUGAAGGGACCCUCCUCUUUAAACCGGGCGAGACCCUCAAAGAGAUCACUGUGGGCGUCAUAGACGAUGACAUCUUCGAAGAGGACGAAUACUUCUAUGUCCACCUCAGCAACCCUCGUGUGGUUGGCUACGACCCAUUGGAGACUAACUCUAACUCCGCCCCCAAGGCGGUGCUCGGUGACGGCCACACGGCGACGGUGACCAUCUACGACGACGAUCACGCAGGGAUAUUUUCGUUUGAGAUCGACGCCCUGCGGGUGAGCGAGAGCGUUGGGGUCAUGCAGGUCAAGGUUCAGAGGACGUCGGGGGCGCGGGGGCUGGUUGUGGUGCCCUACAGGACCAUAGACGGGACGGCCCGGGGGGGAGAGGAUUACGAAGAGGUGUCUGGGAAUCUGGAGUUCCAGAACGACGAGACUAUGAAGAUAAUCGAGGUGAAGAUUAUUGAUGAUGAGCUUUAUGAGAAGAACAAGACCUUCACAAUGGAGCUGGGGGAACCACUACUGCUGGAUGCUGGCCAAAAACACGGCGACUCCAAUGAGAACAAGCCGACGGAUGACGAGGUGGCCAAGAUGGGCUGUCCCAGUCUGGGAGAAAACACACGGAUAGAGGUGGUCAUCGAAGAGUCUUACGAGUUCAAGAACACAGUAGAUAAGCUGAUCAAGAAGACUAACCUUGCGUUGGUGGUGGGAAGCAGCAGCUGGAGAGAACAGUUUGUCUCUGCUGUCACUGUGAGCGCAGGUGAUGAUGAUGACGAGGAGAGCGGUGAAGAGCGUCUCCCGUCCUGUUUUGACUACAUCAUGCACUUCCUCACCGUCUUCUGGAAAGUUCUGUUUGCCUUUGUCCCCCCGACAGAGUACUGGAAUGGCUGGGCCUGCUUCAUCGUCUCCAUCAGUCUCAUCGGAGUUCUGACGGCUGUAACAGGAGACCUGGCCUCUGCCUUCGGUUGUACCGUGGGUCUGAAGGACUCUGUCACUGCCGUGGUGUUUGUAGCGCUGGGGACGUCUGUACCAGACACCUUUGCCAGUAAGGUGGCCGCCAUCCAGGACCAGUACGCCGACGCUUCCAUCGGCAACGUAACCGGUAGCAACGCUGUGAACGUCUUCCUUGGGAUCGGAGUGGCAUGGACCAUCGCCGCCGUGUUCUGGCGUUCCAAAGGCCAGGUGUUCCGUGUCGACCCGGGCUCGCUGGCGUUCUCCGUCACGCUCUUCACGGUGAUGGCGUGCAUGUGCGUGAUGAUCCUCCUCUACCGGCGGCGAGCGUCGGUGGCAGGCGGGGAGCUUGGAGGGCCGAGGACUACCAAGAUCAUGACAUCACUGGUCUUCUUCUUAAUGUGGCUGAUCUAUAUAGUGCUGUCGUCACUGGAGGCAUACUGCCACAUACCUGGGUUCUAGAGAGAGGGGGAGGGGGAUGGAGGGGUGAGGGAAGAGCGGAAGAGAGAGGGGAGGAUGGGAGAGUUGGGGGAGAGAGAGGGGAGGAAUAGGCACAGGGAGGGAACAAAAGGAAACCCACUCGGCAAAAACUUGUUGAAUCAAUGUUGUUUCCACGUUAUUUUAAACCAAUUAAAUUAAGCUUGAUGAUGUUUAAUCAACGUGGGAAACUUGAUUGGAUUUGCAACUUUUAACCUAAAUCCAAUGUCAUGGGGACAUUUUUUUGUUGAUUUCACAUUGACUUGACAUUAGUUGACAACUCAAUCAAAUGUAAAUCAAAACUAGACGUUGAACUGACGUCUGUGCCCAGUGGGAAGGGAGGGAGGUUGGUGAGGAGAGUGGACAUGUUGGAAAGAGUUAACAUGGAUAGGGGAUGAGGGAAUAACUGUUAAGUCCUCUCUCUUCUCUAGUGCUCUCUCUCUCUCUGAUUCCUCUACUGCCAUGGUGAUCAAAGGAACAUCUGAUACAAGAACUCAUACUGCCCCAAGACAAGACCAGACCACCUCCUAACCUCUAACCUCUAACCCCACCUAACUCCGUCAGUGGUCCCCUCACCCCUUCAACUUCUACCACAAAUCUACCCCUCCCUUUCCCCAUCUAACACUAGAGUCAAUACAAAUCUACCCCUCCCUUUCCCCAUCGAACACUAAAGUCAAUACAAAUCUACCCCUCCCUUUCCCCAUCUAACACUAGAGUCAAUACAAAUCUACCCCUCCCUUUCCCCAUCGAACACUAAAGUCAAUACAAAUCUACCCCUCCCUUUCCCCAUCUAACACUAGAGUCAAUACAAAUCUACCCCUCCCUUUCCCCAUCUAACACUAGAGUCAAUACAAAUCUACCCCUCCCUUACCCCAUCUAACACUAGAGGCUGUCCAAAUCUACCCCUCCCUUUCCCCAUCUAACACUAGAGUCAAUACAA